GAGAAGAGUGCGAGUGACAGGUAGAACAUCUACCCUUGGGGAAAGCAAUGUAUCCCAACCAUCCAGGACAACCUGGUUACCCACCAAACCCAGGAUAUCCUCCUGGCACCAAUCCUGCAUACCCUCCUGGUACAGUGCCCCCUGCCUACCCCCCUGGACAACCUGGUUAUCCCCCAGUUCAGCCUGUCUAUCCCCCUGGGCAGGCUGUCUAUCCUCCAGGACAUGUACCACAUCCUGGCCAUCAGCCUGGCUACCCUCCACAAGUUGGACCUUACCCACCAGGAAUGCCAGGGUACCCAGUGAACCCCAUGAUGCCUGGAUACCCCAUGGAUAAGAAGAUGAGGAAGAAAAUGAAGAAGGCAAACAAAGCAAAUAAGCAUGCAUAUGGAAGGAGAUCGUCAUCCUCUUCCUCCAGCAGUGAUUAGAAUAAAAAAAUUCUGCUUGUUAAAGAAGCCAAAGAAUAUUUUCCUGCAAUAAGUAGUAGCAUGCACAGUUUAUGUAUUUUUAAGCUGAAGAGCCGCAUGCUGCACUUAUCUCUGUUAUCAUCACAGAUGAAUGUAAUCAUUCCUGCAGUGUUCUAUAGUAGUUACACUGCAA